UGAGUCCAUUGUCUGACUGUACAUCACGAUGGCAGAGCAAAAGCAGAAUUCAAAGGCAGUGGAAGAAGAGGAGGUGAAGGAAGAUGAUAAAGAAGAAGCGACAGACUUGAGCACAAUUUGCUCUGAAAGCACUUUUGAAACGGAAAACCUAGAGGGGCUUGGGAGUGGUGGACAUCUGACCCCAGAAGGUGAAAGCAGCAGGCUCCUCCCAUCUGAAAAACCUUCCGUGGAACUGGGUGGCUCCCAUACUGUGACCUGCACCCUCACAGUCUCACUAGCUCUCCCUGCCCUGCCUACAAGACAAAAUCAGGAGAAAGCCAAUCCCCCUGAUAUGCAAGGAAAGAGAAUUCAAGUUGUUGAAUCAGGUUCUAUUCUAAGAAUGCAACGUUGCUAUCACAUUGAGUACUUCCUUCUACCAGAUGACCUCAUACCUAGAAAAAUGGAUUUGGUGUUGUUUGGGGUGGACGCAAAACUAUUUACAGAAUCUAAUUCUGAGGCUGUUACACCAUGGUUUGAAAAUGACAAGAUGUGGAUAUCAUGGAAUCAUAGUGUUGAUAUCAAUGUCACUAAUGAAUAUAUAAUAAAACUAAGAGAUCACAAAAUAAUUUUAAAAAUCUGGGAUACCAAGAACAAAGUUCCCUCAAAAGUAAGGCAUAGUAAACCAACAAUUGCUUCUUCACUAGAAGGGGAUGCAGAGGAUGUUGGUGCGGUAAAACACACAGUUCUAUUGCAGAGAAAAUUCUUUGAAGAGAGUCAGCCAGCACCCUGCCGUACAAAAAUCAAAGCAGCAAAGGAAUCCAAGGCACAGGAGGAGUCUUCAGCCCUUCCUGUUGAAGCAGAAGCAGCUGAUCUGAAUGGACCAGCAACAUCUAUUUCUCGUUUGCCCCAUCCAUCAAGGACAGAUGACUUAGAUAGAGUGAGAUUUCUGGACAAGGCCAAACUUCGGAAGCAGAAAGCAGUUACUGGUCCUCUAGUUAAUUCAACUUCAAAAGAAGCUGAGAAAACAAAUGGUAAUGUGCGAAUUCUGACAUAUGGAGCAGACAAAACAGCCACCACAAAUGGUGGAAGAGGUUCUGGUCCUAAAAGAACCAUGGAUGCUACUGUGGCAAAGAGUUGUGGCAUUGCUUCACUGCAGCUGGCUGUCAUGCCUCUCCUCUCAGGAGAAAAAUCAGUGAUCAGUCGUCUGGCAGAAAACAACCCUGAAAUUUUAGAUGCUUACAUGACUUUCACUGUGGAAACACCUCUUCUGUCCGAAAGACAAAGACGUGAAUUGAAUCCAUUGACUAUAAGGAUUAAUUCAGCUACCUGCCUGCCAAACACACCUGUACCAAUAGAAGUGCUACAGAGAUUGUGUGUUCCCACCUACUGCAAAUACAAAUUUCACAGCUUUCCACCUCAUCAGACUCAUGGACAAGUCCAUGGAACUCAUGUCUACUUUAAGGAUGUUAAUGUACUUCUAACAGGGACAAUGAAACCUGGGGAAUUACAGAGGUGUCUUAGAGGUCCACCUUUGGAGAUUGAAGUUCAUGACCGGGAUAGAAAUAUGAAUAACAACACAAAAAAGCCCUGUUUGUUUGGGGAAGAUGAACCUGAUGAAAAAGUGGGUAAGGUGAGCUUCCCUCCUUGCAAAUCCACAAUCUGUAGUUCUUCUACAAAAAACAAAGUGUGGCAUCCUCAUGGGGUAGCCAAAGUCAGUCUAACUGAGUUAUUGUUGGGGAAAAAGUACCUGGCUAUCAGUGCUCCCAUUCGUAGCUGUUCAGCACCAAAUACAGCUACUAUCAGUGAGGAGGAUAAAAAAAAGAAGAUAGCAGAAUCAGUGAAUAGUUCUUCCCUGCUGCCUAUGGGACAUUAUCUAGAAUCAGACUCGCUUUUGAAAAUAAGAGUGGAAAUAGCUGUGCCGUUGGGAUUGCAUGCUGAAAUUGCUGAAGUGACAAGUUGCCUGUAUGGUUGUAUAAUCUACAUUUUUGACUACAAUAAUUCACCUUUAUUACACAAUUUGGUGGAUGAGAUUACAGAAAUCAAUGCUAAAGCCCUCCAGCUGGACUGCUAUCCUGUGCACUUAAUCACAAUGGCUCUUGCUGCAUUAAAACUGAAAACCACGCUUGAGAAAGUUUCUGAGUUGGAUAUUGUUACUGGUUUUCACUUACUGGAUGGAGCAACUCAUCUCUUUGUCUUGGAGGGAUUAAAAGACAAAGCAAUCAAGAGACUAUGGGAUAGACACUUUGAAAGGACUUACAGACAUGAAGAUGGACAACUGGAAAUACUGUAUAACUCACAGCUGUCUUUCCCUGAACGCCUGUAUACAGACCUGGAAGCAAUCUUUUAUCAUUUCUGCCUCUGUCAGCCUCUCUGCACUAUAACAAAACAGCCUCUGCUUUACAUCAGAGGUAUGGUUCCUUGGGCAUGUUUCCAAGCCUUGUCCAGGCUCAGUUACCUCUGUCACAGUAAGAGGUUGAGGGAUGUAAUUCAUGGGGAUCUGCUGCCCUCAGCAGAAAUGAUCUCAGUCUUGAGUCACGAGUAUGGAGUUCCCGUAACCGAUGAGGAUCUCUUCACUAGGAAACCUCCUUUACCCUCAUUUUCCUCUGAUGACUGUGCAGUACCAGGAAAAGUUAUCAGAGUGAAACAGGCAGUAUAUUCUUCAUUAGAUAACUAUAAUGAAGUGUAUGUGCAGCAGAAGAAAGAAAUAGCAGACAAAAAGUCUUUUGAGAGAAACCAUAUUGAGGCUAACAUUGAUGCUAUAUGUCAACUCAAAGGAAAGCUGAAAAAGCCAAAGUUUGAAGUUUUCAGGAUUUCUCCUAUUGAUGGCAAAUCUGUCUUCAACUACAGCUCUCAGAGACUGAAUUCUGCAGAACUUGCAAAGCAGCAUCUUCGUCAGGAAAUGGCAAAGGAACCAAAGAACAGAUUCACUUAUUGUCACAAGUAUCUGUCAGCCACAUUUGACCCAGUGGAUGUGGCUGCUGCCUGUAAGGAAUUCUUUGCAAAAUCCAAGAGUAUGUGGCUGUCACCAGAUGGAUUUGUAUUUCCUGGAUUUAAGAGCAGCAUUGAAAGCAACCUGCACCCUCAGAUGCCUGAUGAGGCACGUUUGGAGGAGCUAAGUGAGAAAUGGCAGGAGAAUGUUCUGCAUGCUAACAUGGAGCCAGUGCUGUCACGAGACAGAUGGAGCUGGGACAGACGGCACAUUGAUUUUGAUCUUUACAAGAAGCCACCUGAGCUCUUCACGACAGCAGCCCCGCAGACUGAUGCUACUCGGAUUCUGAAAACUCAGUUUGGUGAUGCCAGGCCGAAAGCUCACCAGCACUCCACAGCAGCUGAGUUACCCACAGGUGGGCGAAGAGCCAGGUUUCAGCUACGGAAAGACGAACCUCUGAAAUCCUCUCAGGAUGGCAGGACCAGUUUUGAAACUACCAAGUGUCAGAUUUGGGGAUGACCCCUUCACUCAAAAUUGACCAGAAGACAUUUUUGGUAAUAAAUCCAGAUGGUUUACACACAGAAAGUAUGACGUCUCAAGGCCAGGGAAGUCAAAGGUUAAUCAGUCUGGAUUUGUCUAACACUUAAUUGUAGCAAAUUUGCUUCUCCUGUAGCAUAAUUGUUACCAUGAAACUUUAAAUGAGCUACUAUACAAUCACCUGUGUGCCAAACUCCCACUUUACUGUCAAUAAAUUUGACAAAAUAUUCUUGUUAGACAUUACUAUUUAUUAAUGAUUAUAUGGAAAAAGUUUGGGAAGAACUGCAUGGUAUUAGCAGGUUUAAGAGAACAUGCAAAUUUGUAAUUCAUUCAUAAAUGUGUAUGUAUUUGUUAACAUAGUUUAAAUACUUUAAUAGCAUGUGACUCAUACGUUCAGAACACCUGAGAGGCAAUUGCUGUGGUUACUGCACUUCUUGAACCAAUCGGUUUAGAAACAUUCUGGUGUGCUGUUGGUUUUACGGGAGAGUUUGCUGUGGUAAAUUCUUAACAAAUGUAGAGUGUGCUUUGGGGUGUAAUGAAAGCUGCUUGUCAUUGAGGCUUUGCGAUGUCUGAGCCAUUAGCAUGCAACGCCCGUUGGUUUAGGGCACUCUUAGGACAGCCUCAUGCUCCUCCACGUUUCAGAGCUGAGGGGAAAGUUGGCUCAGGGAGGCAAAAGCAGCGGGUUAGAGCCUUGUAAAACACAGACAGGCUGUAACAUUGCAAGGAGAAGUCUGAGGCCUCUUUAUUACAAAACACCUAGUGAGGCACAAUGGUAAUAAAUACUGAUGGUUAAGCCACAUGAUCCAGGGAGUGCAGGCAUUAAACGGGUAGGACUGGUAUUAAAGUAC